AUGGACGGCGUCAGUGAUGCUGCGUCUCUUAUUACUUUGCUUCAGCUGGCAUCCAAUGUCAUCAAAUACGUCAAGGAUGUCAAGAAUGUACCAUCUCAGAGGAAAAGGUUAUUAAGCGCUCUUGUGCAAGCACGUGGCCUACUUUCCACCUUGAUAGACCUUACAAAUGAUGUUUACGAUGAUAACUGGUCAUACACCAUUCAGAGUUUGUCCACGCCUAAUGGCCCGCUAUCGAUGUUUCAGGAAAUUCUGGAACAGAUAGCCGGAAAGAUAGGUGUACCAUCCUCUGGUUCAACUAUUGCACUUGCUUUGCAUCGACUCCAGUGGCCGUUUGAUCAGACCGGCUUUCAAGACGUGAUGGCGUCCCUUGAAAAACUCAAGUCCCAACUGUCUUCGUCCGCCAUUGAUUCUCGACGACGAGCUACAAUGUCUCUUUCUAGGGAGCAAAAGCUUAUUGUGGACUCUCUGUCUCUCAUGACCUUAUCAGGAGAGAUGAAUGGAGAGAAGGCCAUGCGGAUGAGAACCAGUACUGAGUGA